UACAUCGAAUUACAAGUAAAUCUGUGACAUAAAACACACUUGAAAUAAUUAGUUUUCAAUGUCUUCAUAGCACCUAAGUUGUGGUAAAAGAGUUCAUAAGUUAUACAACUUUUACGUGUACAUAAGAGGUUUUUCAUUGAAGCAUAUACCUUAAUUUUAUUUGGAGAAUUUGUUUUGUUUCCUCAAAACCAUGGAACCUGCUUACGACCGAAAUAUGAGUCUUUCAUCAUUCAAUACGUCUGUUACAUCACAAAGUUAUGAAGACUAUUAUGAUGUUAUCUUAGAUACUCCAUUCGAAUCUGACGUAUCUGAAUUUAAUAGAAUGAAGGCACUGAAUGAAUUCGCCACAUUGUUUAGCUCGAUAUCAUUUCUUGUACAUAUCGUUGUCCUCUUUGCUCUUGUAGUCCUCGAUGUUUACGUAAUAAUAGUUAUUUUAAAAAAUGAGAAACUAAAACGUGCUAAAGUUACCAGAGGCAUUGUCCAUUUUGCUGUUUUUAGUAUUAUUGUAAAUAUAUCUUAUCCCCUUUAUAAACUAUUGCUAGAGAUAUUCCUGUGGAGAUACUCUAGUUGGUCCGUGUUCUGCUGGGAGAAACAGAGUGAAGUAACUGGUAUAAUGAGCUUAUAUCUUUGCAGUUUUGCUCUAUCUUUUGACUGGCUGAUCAAUGUUCGAUGUUCUACAGUCAAACCGAUUUAUCAAAAGUUCAAUGAUCAUAUUUUUUUAAUUAUAUAUUCGAUAUGUAUUUUAAAACUGAUUACAGACUAUUUUGUUUGCAUCGACGCUAUUGUUAUUUUAAACAAUCUCUUUGAAGCAGCAAUUCGCUUAUUUGUAAUAAUUUUCUUGUUGGUAUGUCACUGUAAACGACGAUAUUGCGAUAAAGGUAAAAACUAUCCUUUAGCUUUAGCUACUAUCAUUGUGGUGUCCUGGAUACCAUCAUUUAUUUGUGAUAUACUUCACGAAAUCUUUGGGCACCAUUUUACUAUGGGGUUUAUUAUAUUCAUUGCAGAUUCUUGUUUGAAUUUUGUGUCAUAUGGAAGUUCUGCUAUAGUUGUUGUGUGGUUAUGUAAGGUUAAUAAGGAAUUUAAACAAUCAUUUUGCAACACUUGCUGCUUUAAUUGUUGCAAAGCAAAACAUUCCCAUCCGGAUAUUGAGGGCUUUGGAAAAUAUACAGACAAUGAGAAUAAUCAAGAUAAAAAUAGCUUACAAAGCGAUGCCUAAAUUUUAAAAUACUAUUUAUUCAAUUCUUCUUCUUCUUUUUGUAUUGACAUGACUAGCUGUUUUUUUUUCAAUGUGCCUCCAGUAAGUUGUAGUUCCAUCGUUUUCGUGGUCUUCCAGCUAUUUAUGGUAUUUUUUACGUUGCUUUUACUAUUGGGUAGCUGUUUCUCGCCGUCCUUACUACCAUAUUUGUUGCCAUUUGGCUGAUGUGGUAAUUUUAUUAUACUUUUCUGUCUCUUGCCCAGUUGUAAAUGUUCUGAACCUUGCAUCUUCGUAGUAUAUUGGUACUUGUAGCUUUGUCCCAUAGUGUGUUACCAUCAUUCAUUUUUAAAAGGGCCAUCGCUGUGUCGGGUCGUAUUUCUGCAGCGUAUGUCAUUAUUGGUCUCAUGACUGUUUUUGCCUUUCAUUUUUAUUCUAUAUUUUUAUUUCUCCAUAACGUUUCAGUCAGAUUUGCUUGAAAAUUUGGUUUUAGGUUUUACUUACCUCCACAUCAAAGUUCUACUUGUGCCGUUGGUCGCUUUUAUUUGAGCGAUGAAAUUCACCCUUCUGAAAAAUGACAAAAAUAUACGUUUAAAAUAAGUCCAGAAAUGGAUAAAUUGACUAAUUAUAAGCAACUUUUGUUUUAUUGAGUUCUUUAACUAAGUCAAUAUUUUUGAAUUAUUUUCGAGUAAAAAUGUUUAUUUUCAACAAAAAAAAA